ACUAAUCGAAGGUGGAGGCUGCAAAGCAGCGUGGCAGAUCCACGUGUAAAAUCCUCCCCUGUGUUUUCCCCCUUCCAGAGGGGUUUGCGCUGGUCAUUCAAUCGCUCAGCCGCGGGCGGUCCCCAUUAGGGGAAAUGACCCACGCUGCAUCCAGAGUUGGGGGUUUGUCUACGACAAGAAAAGUUAAAUGGAGACGCUCAUUGACAGCCUCGUUUCAAUAGACGGAUUGAUCUCCGGGCAGGUCUGCGUUCCAGGCAGGAGAGCGGGUAACUAACUCGCUGGCAGCCUACACGCAGCAACCAUUGCAUUACAUUUGGAUUUUCUGAAAAACAGAGACUUUUUUCACCAUGAAUGCAAGAAAAGACUCCCAGGAGAAGAGCAGAAUGAGAUCCUUCAAAGUGCCACAUGCCUGCACAGCAUUAUCCUUAGUAAUGUUGUUCCUUUCAGUCACUGGAACUUCAAAGAAAAAUAUCCCAAGACUUAAACUUUCCUAUAAAGACUUGCUGCUUUCAAACAGCUGUAUCCCAUUCCUGGGCUCAGCGGAGGGGUUUGAUUUUCGGACCCUGCUGCUAGAUGAGGAGAGGGGCCGGCUGCUAAUCGGAGCUAAAGACCACAUCUUUCUGCUCAGCUUGGUUGAUUUAAACAAAAAUGUAAAAAAGAUUUACUGGCCUGCAGCAAAAGAGAAGGUGGAAGUAUGCAAAUUAGCUGGGAAAGAUGUCCAGACAGAAUGUGCAAAUUUUAUCAGGGUUCUUCAACCCUACAACCGGACCCAUGUUUAUGUCUGUGGCACAGGAGCCUUCCACCCUAUCUGUGGAUACAUUGAACUUGGAAUACACAAAGAGGAAAUGGUAUUCAGACUGGACACUCAGAACCUGGAGUCUGGCAGGUUGAAAUGUCCUUUUGAUCCUCAUCAGCCGUUUGCUUCAGUAAUGACAGAUGACUACCUCUAUGCUGGAACAGCUUCUGAUUUCCUUGGCAAAGAUACAGCUUUAACACGUUCUCUGGGCCCUUCUCACGACCACCAUUACAUCAGAACUGACAUUUCCGAACAUUACUGGCUUAACGGAGCAAAAUUUAUUGGAACCUACCCCAUCCCGGACACAUACAACCCAGACGACGACAAAAUCUAUUUCUUUUUCCGAGAAAUAUCUCAAGAUAGCAGCACAUCUGACAAAGCGAUCCUUUCCCGAGUUGGAAGAAUUUGUAAGAAUGAUAUGGGAGGUCAACGGAGCCUAAUAAACAAGUGGACAACUUUCCUGAAAGCAAGACUGGUGUGCUCAAUACCUGGCCCUGAGGGAGCAGACACAUACUUUGAUGAGCUACAAGAUAUAUUCUUACUUUCCACAAGAGAUGAGAGAAACCCUCUAGUAUAUGGAGUCUUCACUACUACAAGCUCUGUAUUCAAGGGCUCUGCAGUUUGUGUGUACAGCAUGGCUGAUAUCAGAGCUGUUUUCAAUGGCCCUUACGCUCACAAAGAAAGUGUGGAUCAUCGAUGGGUACAAUACGAAGGACGUAUCCCAUACCCCCGGCCUGGUACAUGCCCAAGCAAAACUUAUGACCCCUUGAUUAAAUCUACCAGAGAUUUUCCAGAUGAUGUCAUUAGUUUUAUAAAACGCCAUCCAUUGAUGUACAAGUCGGUUUACCCGGUGACUGGAGGACCUGUAUUUACUAGAAUCAAUGUGGACUACAGGCUGACGCAGAUUGUGGUGGAUCAUGUCAUGGCGGAAGAUGGGCAGUAUGAUGUUAUAUUCCUAGGCACAGACACAGGAACGGUACUGAAGGUUGUGAGUAUUACAAAGGAGAAGUGGACUAUGGAGGAGGUAGUACUGGAAGAGCUGCAGAUUUUCAAGCAUCCAUCAUUUAUCUCAACUAUGGAGAUGUCCCUGAAGCAGCAACAAUUGUACAUUGGUUCCAAAGAUGGAUUGGUUCAGCUCUCCCUGCACAGAUGUCACACGUAUGGGAAGGCUUGUGCAGACUGCUGCCUUGCCAGAGACCCAUACUGCGCUUGGGAUGGAAACUCAUGUUCCAGAUAUGCACCAACUUCUAAAAGGCGAGCCAGGAGGCAAGAUGUCAAAUACGGAGACCCAGUCGCCCAGUGCUGGGAUGUGGAAGAAAGCAUUAGUCAUGAAACUGCUGAUGAAAAGGUGAUUUUUGGCAUUGAAUUUAAUUCAACUUUUCUGGAAUGCAUUCCUAAGUCCCAGCAAGCCUCUAUUAGGUGGUAUAUUCAACGCUCUGGAGAAGAACAUCGAGAAGAGCUGAAGGCUGACGAGAGGAUCAUCAAAACGGAAUACGGGCUGCUGAUCCGCAGCCUGCAGAGAAAGGACACAGGGGCGUAUUACUGCAAAGCGCAGGAGCACACGUUCAUUCACACCAUCGUGAAGUUAAAUUUGAACGUCAUAGAGAACGGGCACAUGGAAAGCACUCAGAAAACGGAGGAAGAAGAGGGACGGGGGAGAGAUUUGCUUACUGAGUCGCGGCUGAGGUACAAGGAUUACAUCCAACUCGUCAGCAGCCCCAGCUUCAGUCUGGAUGAAUAUUGUGAACAGAUGUGGCACCGGGAGAAGCGGCGGCAGCGGAACAAAGGUGGGGCAAAAUGGAAGCACAUGCAAGAGAUGAAGAAAAAGCGAAAUCGAAGGCACCAUGAACCUGUCAGCAGCCCACAUGCCAGGCCUACAUCUACGUAGUUUUAUAGUCUAUUUAAAGAAAGGACGUUUAACAUGCAAAAAUACUGUGUUCUGUUUUGUGCAUCCUUCCUAUUCAUUAAUAUUGCUUCACACUGAGAUUAGAUAACGCACAGUCAUUAUGGGUCUGUACAGGACUGCACUGUAAUACUGGAAUAUUAUAGCAAAUGACAAAUUCCUUAUUUGAGCACCGCACUCAAGGCAAUAAUUCCAAAUCUGGGUUUUUUCCCAGAAAUUCAGAUUUUGUAGUUAACACUUAGUGAGAAGCUGAUUCAUGACAUAUGUCAUGUGGGUGUUCCAUGGCUUCCCUGGCAUAAUUUUUAUAUUAGAUUUAAAGUCUUUGUUACAGUGCAUUAUUAAUUGACUGCUACAUUCCACCCGAGAGUUGGCUGCAGUUCAGGGGUAUGUAGAUGUAUUUGUAAAAGUGCUUGGGGUCUUAUAAGGAUGGGAGGUGCCAUAUAGAUACAGGCCAUUUUGUGACAGAUCUGCAAAACUAUACUAAAUUACCCAUUGGACAUAUAUUUAGGUACAUGGGUGGCAUUUGCUAACACAGAGAAGCAAAGCAAAAAAUCAAAUUAAAUAUAAGCUUAGCAGUAACACUUGUUUUCCCCUUUAAAAAUGUGAUCACAUUUUAAGAGGAGGAAAUGUAGAGCUUUAUUCAUUAGGACAAAAGCAGCCUCUAGUUUGCAGUCCCUCUGAUGAAAUGUAAUCUUGACUCAAAUUGAAACUGCCAGCAAGAUACUCGAGAGUAAAUUUCGUAAGAAGCACGUGGGAGGUACGUGCACAAACCCUAUUAACAAAUAAUGGGAUUUCUGCCUUCACCUCUAUUGUCUUGCUGAAGAUUUUAUCCUGAAUGUCUCCACUCACCUCUACAACUCUAACCCUCGUCUGGCUUCAUUUUCUGGAGUAUGGUUAGUUUGUUGUGGAAAAAAAGAGGAGCGGAGAACACACACGCACAAAAACCCUUCCACACUUGAUGACAAAAGACAAUGAGGGAAACAUAUUUGGUGACAGACAGAAACUGACAGUGCUCUUACGCCAGGUAUAACAAUGGGGAGAGAGCAGACAUUCCUCAGACUUGUGUAUUUGUUUUAUAAAAGUUCUUGUGUAUUUCAAACAAGGCAUUGUGUUGUUGGAAUUAAUACUUUUUUAUUAUAAUUAAAUAAAAACAAAAAGAGCCCACAUGUAAAUAAACAGAAGUAGAAGUUAGAGAUGAGCAGCUUUGUGAUUUACAAUAACAUCAUUUGUAAAGUGUUCCUAGUUUUGCCUUCUGCGCUUUAAUAAGAUAAAUCUUCUUGUAUGAGCAAGAGACACUGUGCUUCCUUCAGAUCUGAUUUACACCAGUGUAACUCCAUUGACUUCAUUGGACUUUCUCCCAAUUUACACUAGUGUAAGCAAGAUCAAAAUCAGGGCUAUUGCCUCUUCUCAUGCUUCGCAGCCCCUCUCCCCCACUCUACCAAACCUCCCCCUUUCUGCCUUUCACGCCUCUUUGAGUGUGAAAUGACAAAUUAGCCACUUCCUCACAUGGAAGAAAGCUUUGAUGGAUACUAAACCGACAGACUUUACUUGUUUCUCAUGCAUUCUACAUGUCUUGAGAGCAAAGUCUGUGGGAACGCCAUGUAAUUGGU